AUGGGGGUGAGUUACCUGCGCAUGCAGGCCAUCGUCUAUUGCGACCCGAAGCCGCAGAGACGUCGUCCUCCAAGACGACCAGCGGCCACGUCAUCCUCUCACACUUCCACCUCUCCCUCAACUGCCCCGUCACCCCCACCCUCGUCAGCGCCGCUGCCGGUGGUGGAGGUGGCGGAACUCUCUCUCUCUCUCUCUCUCUUCCUUCUCUCCCUACGAAGACCAGCGAGCAAGCAUGUCUAUCCGAAGGAAGCUUGCAGAGAGAACAUUUUGCCUCUCUCUCUCUCUCUCUCUCUCCCCGUUCGAGAUGGGUACUUAUAUCGUGCUCAGAAAGCAGUGCUCUCUUUCUCUCUCUCUCUCUCUCUCUCUCUCUAUCCGGGUGGGGUGGGGAGUUACUGGACCAGAGGGAGGAAGAGAGGGAGGGGACGACAGUUGGGAGGGGGUGGCCGUGGAGUGGGAGGGAAGAUCCCGGCGGACCCGCCGCCGGCAACUGCAAGGGAGCCAAGUUUCCAUAAAUAGCCCAUCGCCGUUCCCCCGCCGACCGACACUCCUCCCCUUCCCUUCCCUUCCCUCCGGCGUAUAAAUCCGGCUCCUCUCUCCUCCCCACUUCCCCAAUCCAAUCCGACACCGGCGAGUCUCUCUUCUUCUUCUUCUUCGGCGGCGGCGGCGAGUGGGGUAACGAUGGAGCCGAUGGCGAUAGUGGCGUUCGCCGGCGGGGUGAUCGCGCAGAUGGGCAUCAUCGCGCUGCGCUUCCAGCCGGCCUUCGCCUGCAUCGCCCGUCUCAUCGACUGUUUCCGCCACCCCCGCCCUCCCCCGCCCCUCGACUACACCGCCCAGUCCAUUCUCCGCGCCGUCGACGAGCUCAGCUCCCACCACCCCUACCAACCUUGAUGACCCUCACACCUCAUCUUCUUCUUCUUCUUCUCCAUCGUCUUCUUCCUGUUCGUUCGCCUUCUGCUACUUCUUCUGCUGCUGCUUCUUCUGCCGCGGCAAGAACAAAAAAGAAACAUAUUUCGAUUGACUCAUCUCGGAAUUAAUAGAAAUAUCGGAUCCAUAUGAUCGAUCUGCCAGUCGUUUCCAAACAAACAAAAGACCGAGUGGCCGAUCAAUCCGCACGCAGGAGACGCUGUGGAAACCGAGUCUUCGCCUCGGAUGAUAAACGAGAGCAAUUAGAACCGGCGACCGCCGCCCGGUCUGCUCGUCGUGCUCCGGCGGAAGCGGCCCCGCCCUCAUCUCAUCUGCCUGUAGCAGCUGUAAGCAACGACGACCGAGACGGCGGCGGCGGCGACGGCAAGGGCUGCGUAGGUGUCCUCCCGCUCCCACCGCUCGAACCACGUCGGCAUUGCACAGAGCUUGCGGGCCGACGAGGACUUGCCGGUGGUGGCCGCCUUGCCGUCCCCGCCGUACUUCUCCUCUGUGCCGUUGCCGGUGGGCUUCCCCUCUAACGCCGCCGCAUCCCGCCCGCAGGAGAAACCAGGCCCCUGGCAGCAGCCUGCCCCGACGGAGCACCCGUUCAGCUGGACAGCGCUGCCCGUCCCUGCCGCCGCCGCCGUCGCCUCCGGCUUCCCGUUCGGCUGGAGCCUCAGUUCCUGCACUUUCUUCUGCUGAUCCUCGGUUAAACCCAUUUGACCCCUGACAUCACACGCAUGCAGACGACCAUGGUAGAUAUGAAUCAGGAACCAAAUAACGAACUCGGAGAUAUCUUUCACAAAGUAACCUAGUAAAUCUUUCCCACUUUAGGUCACAAUCACGAUACCAAUCACUAGAUGGAGAUCAAUGAAUUCUCAAGAACAAUCAUGGCAGGAUGAAGGCGCACAGAGAUAGAACAAGCAGGAAACUAGUUUCCCAUGGAGAAUGGAGAGAUUAGAUGCGAAGUUCUUCGGAUCAAAGCAGGAAACUUAAUGAAUAUAAUAUUUGGGGCGGGCGAUCAAAGAGAGGCCCAAGCUGCAAGGUUGGGAGGAGAAAUACCUCCAGAGACGGGCUAUAACCUCUCCUCUGCCAAUAUGCUGCUCCAGAAGAAGGGGGACGUCAUCCGGGCUAACAUAUCCGUACCUAAUACAGAAGAAAAUACGCAAGUUAAACAAAAAUACUCGAGAAAGGGAAGAACAUUUAAGAGAGCAGAGAAAUCAGUUCCCUCGUGGUGAGCAUAAUUUCAAUUUUUCUCAUUUUUUAACAUGGGCUCCAAGAAAUUGCUGAUAGAAGCCCUUGUCAAAAUAUCCACAGGGAGAGAGAAAGAGAGAGAGAGAGUAGUAAUAGUAGUAGUAGUAGUAGUAGUAGUAGAGAGCGUUCAACUAGAUUCUUGGAUAAAUGAAGCCUCAUAUUCUGGGCGGAAAAGGGUAUCCAGCGAUUAAGCACGCACGAGAGAGAGAGAGAGAGAGAGAGAGAGAGAGAGAGAGAUCCAAAGGGAGAAACGAAAAAUUUAAGAGAGCAGAGAAACCAAAUAAUUAUAUUUCCAGAAAAGAAAUUCUUGACAUAAGGCCAAAUAAAUCACUGAACUGGUUCUUUCUUAAAAACUGAUAUUUUUUUUGAAAAUAAGGGAGGGAACAUCAUCUGAGCUGAUGCAUCCAUACCCAAUAGACGACAGGAGAGAGAGAUCCAUAGAAUCCAUUGAGAGACGGGAAAAAAAAAAAAAAAACUAGCAAAAGUGCAACCCAUGAAAGAAGGGGGAAGGGUUUGUUCUCACCAAUGGCCGGCCACUGCUCCAUCGGCCCCCUUGCUGAAUAUGAUGACGUUCCCGGCGUAUUUAUGGCCGCCUAUGUGCGAGCAGCCACUGACAGACACCUGGAGGCCGCGCUCCUUGGCCUCCUCUCGGAAUCGCUUGAUGAGUUCGGGCCCGCAGACCCCACACCUCUUGUCCCGGCUCCCAUGGGCGCAGACAAAGACAUAGGACCCGGUGAGGGGCUCGACCACUCCAGGGAACCAUUCGUUGUUCUUCACCAGGACCUCCUCCACGAACACAUCAACGUCAAAGUGAGUCAAUCGCCUGCACCCAAAAGUACCAAAAUUAUAUUAGAAACAAACAAAAAAAAGGUAAGAGUCCGGGAACAGUUGGGAUUUAUUCGUUGUUCCAACCUGUAUCGGAUCAUGUCGGGAAAGAUCAGGACAUCUCCAUUCGAAGACUCAGUCCCAUCUUCUCCCUCGCACAAGGUCAAGCGGGUCUGCAGAAAAUUAUCGUCAAAAGAGAGAAAAAAAGAGGGGUUCAAUCAUUGGUCAGAACUUAAAUGUGCCAGUGAUGUGGGUGAAACAAAGUCAAAGGCAUCGCCACCUGAAAAAAUAUCCCAAUUAAGCAUUGACGAGCUUCGGUCAAAAUUAUGACUCCAGGUGAAAACCAGGGAAACUCAGCUCAAUGGAUACCGAAUCAUAAUUUCUCAAACAUAAUGGCGGCUCCCAUACAAAUCCUAGCACACCUGAAGUGGAUGGAAUGAGGAUGUUUAUAUGACAUCAUGAACAAUAUUCCAAGCCCAUGAUAUGACAAAGAAGGUGCGGAUAUCGUAAUAUCCAUAUACAAAGAUGGAAUGAGUUGGGAUAUGAAUGCUCCAUGGAAGAGCAGGGUGGGGAGGAAGGAGAUCAGCGCAAGGAGGGUACUUGAUGAUUCUGGACGGAAAAGGGCCUCCACAAAUUUGGAAUUUCCUCUGGUAGGCUUAUUUCCUAUACUUAGGCAUCUCCACUUCAGGAAUUAAAAUUCAUGUAAAUAUAAAGUUUGAAUAAAAAAUUAAAAAACGUUUUAGGAUAAAUACCAAAGAAAAUGGGUAGAGAUUCCUUUAUUUUUUUGAAAUGCAGAUCAAAAUAGAAGACAAGGAUGCCCUGUUUACGAGUAUUCCCAAAACACUCAUACACUUCGUCCCUUUCCGUGGCUCUGAGAUUUUCCUUUUUAUGUUUUACUUCUGACGAACUGCGAUUCUUUGACCCCUUAAAAGGCUUUAUACAAUCUUAUGAAAUAAAAUGCCGGGUGCCAUCGAAAUACUACUAAACUCGGAAUUACAUUCAUGCUCGAGAAAAUUUACAGGAUAAAAGCUUAAAGUUGCGAAUAUUUCGGCAUCAUCUGAUAUUUAGACUAACAAAACGGGGGAGGUCGUCACAAUUCACUAACCUGAAAAUAUGGAAGAAAAUUUCAGGAUAUAGACUUCCCGUUCUCUAACUUCUUUUAAGGAUUCAUACAGUUUCAUGAAAUAGAAUGUCCACUGAUAGAGCAAUAUAUAUAAAUAGAUAGCCUAAGAAAUGUAUAAAAUUAUCGAAAUCCGACCAAAUUCGAAAUUUUGAUUUAUGCUUGACGCAGUUUGCAGCAAAAAAGCUUAUAAUUUAGAAUAUUUCAGCAUCAUCGGAGACUUAGACCAAUAAAAAUGGAGAGAUCUUCACGAUUCACUGUCCUGGCGAUAUGCAAGAAACUUCUAUCCGGAAAACAGUGCUUCUUCACGAUUCAGGCUCCAGAGAUAUUUCUCCAGCUCCUUGGAUGUACAGUGAGCAGAUUAGUAGUCCAUUCAACACAAAAGUCGUCACUACGGAAAAGAUUCCGUAGAGAAGAAAAGGUGAAAUUGAUGGAUCCAUAAAAUCCAAAUAUAUGGGGGAUUACUGACAUAGACGCAGCAGGAAGAACGCUUUCAAAAUCUACUCAAGAGAACCCGAUCCGGUUUCUCUCAAAAAGUCCUAGACCACCGAGAAAAAAUACGGUAAAUAGAGAAAUAUUGGGCAGAAAUCCUAGGGUUCGUCUUGUUUCUCAUCCAACCCUUAUCGAGGCUGAAUAGUAGAGAGAUCUACAAAAAUAAAACACUAAAAUUCGGACAAUAAUGAUCUACCUAGCAUAGGUACAGCGAAAAUCCAUCAAUGGGACUAAAAGAUCAUACGACCGAUACCAAAAAAAUAACCCGGUGAGGGCUUACUAGAAAAUUACAAUUGAAAUAAAGUUUAAGAAACCCUUGCCUUCUUCUUGAUGUCGGCCUUGCGACCGGUGAGAGCUGCGGCGAGGAGCCUGGGAAGGCGGUCGAACUCGGCGGCUUCGACGUGGGACGGCCACACCUCGGGUUGCUUGUAGCAAAGGAACAGGUGCCUUUCAUACAUCUGCACUGUCCCGGCCAGCUUCCCCUGCCCGAACUCCGGUCGCUGAAAGCCGAACUCGGCAUCGUUUCCGCCGCCACUCCCGCUCCCCCCGUCCCCUCCCGCCCCCCCGCCGGUGCCAGAGAGGAGGCCCUCGUUCUGGUAGCUCCCCUGCCCAGUCCCGAUCUGGGAGCUCGAAUCCGGCACGAGGACGGCCUCGUCGGCGCCAGACAACGCGAUCGGAGAUGCGGCGUUGGGGUCUUCCAUCUCCUUCCCUCCUAACCGUAAAGCUUUCGAGAGCGUCGCCGUCGCCGGCGAGUACCAGGAGAUUUUUAUAGUCGGCGGGCUGCUGUGGGAAGAAAGAAGAAGAAGAUGAAGGGAGGGGUUACGUGGCCUGCAGCAGGUGAUCUUCGACAGAGAACUCCACAUUCCAGAAAUGCACGGGAAAGGAGCCUGAGAAAUGGUCCAUCACUGACGGGAAUGCACUGCCCACGACGUUGACGAGGCUGCCGAAUCAGGACCGUUGGCUACGCAUGUCAACGGCUCGAUCUCAUUCCUCCCAUUUUUAAACAGUAGGCACGGCUGGGCACCGACGUGUCACGUCAGAUGACCUCACGGCAUACCACAAGAUAAUAAAAAUAAAAAUCACAUAAAUAAAAUACUUAUUUAAAUAUUAUAUUUAUAAAACCACAAGAUCAGCAAAUAUAUAUUUUAAUAAAAAUAAUAUCUCGCUAAAUAUAUUUCUUAAAAUUGAGAAAUAAAAAAUUUUGAAAUCUUGAAAGCUGAUGCCCUAUUAAUAGUAAUAUUCCAAGAAAAUAAAUAUUUGAUAAAAGUGGGAUUUUUCUGGGGAAGAGUCGGUUUCUUGGAAGAAAAUGAGAAUAAUGGCUUCCCAGAAUGAGUUGCCUGCCCUCAGAAUGCAUUGACGCCGGCACCUCCCAAGGGCAUCUCUGGUCAAAUGCACCCGGACAUCUUCUUCCAUGAUACAUGCAGAGAAGGAAAGGAUUGACUUAAAAAAACUUACAUUAUUAUACACAACCAGGGACCACAUCCAGUCUAAUUAUACACACAAACCCACAUCUUGGUCAAUCCAUUCAUCCAUCACUGCCGUAAUCACAGAGAGAGGAGGGGAAGGAUGGCGGCUGGCCGCCGCCGGCGGCUGAUCAUCUCGCUGGCUGCUCGCCAGAAAGGUGGGAAGGGGAAUUGCCGUCAACUAGGCUGCCCAGCUGUGGCGGCGCCGCCAUCUUCGAGACCUGAGAAGAAGCCGCCUCCUCCGCCACCUUCUUCUGCUCCCUCUCGCGCCACCGCUUCAUCUCGGCCUCCACGGCCCUCCUUGCCGCGUCGGCCAUCUCUGCCCUCUUUAUGGCAUCCUCCGUCGCCGACUUCACCUCCACCAGCUCCUGCUGCAAUGCCUCCAGCCUCUUCACUGCCUCGUUCUCGCUGGCCCUGA